AUGAAUGGGAGGAUUCAAGGGAAGUUCAUUGGGCAGAAAGGGCUUAGACAAGGGGAUCCUAUAUCUCAUUUAUUGUUUGUUCUUGUUAUGGAAUAUCUUACCAGACUCCUCAUUCAAGCUUUGCAUCAUAAGGAUUUCAGAUUUCAUCCCAUGUGUGAAAAUCUGAAAUUGGUUAGUCUCUGUUUUGCUGAUGAUCUUGUGAUGUUCUGUAAAGGGAAUAUUCACUUAGUCCAAAUUCUACAGGACGGGUACUCUCAGUUUAGUCAUGCUUCGGGCUUAACUACAAAUUUGGCCAAAUCUCAUGUUUAUUUUGGUGGUCUGAAAUCUAAAGAUAAGAAGAAUAUUCUAGACUGUCUUAACAUUGAAGAGGGAUCUUUUCCUUUAAAAUAUCUCGGUAUCCCUCUCCGACCUACCAAAUGGAAGGCUAGUGACUGUGGGAUCAUUCUCAAAAAGAUUAAUCUUUGGUUGCAUUCUUGGGCUAGUCGUCUAUCAUUUGUGGGUUGA